AUGGCCUUUAUGAUUCUGGUGUGGCCUUUAUUCGUGACGACCAUUUUCUUCUCUGCCAUCGUCAUUCAAUGCUCGAAAAAAGGCGGUAAGAGAAAAAAGGGAGGAAAGAAGGGCAGAGAUGAUUCGGCGCUUCUCUCCGAUUAUGAAAGAAAACGAGAAAGAGAGAAGCAAAUGAAGGGAAGCAACGUGAGCUACGGGGACCAGCCUCCAGCUCCGAAACCACCAGUUCCACAGAGUGAUCCCAAUUAUCAAACACUGAGAGGUCUCGACAACAAUAAUUUUUUUGGCCCUGAUAAAGGCUUUGGCUUCAUUCAACCACAGCAGCCACCACGACCACCUACUGAAAGAAAUAAAAUUAUUCCGCUCGCAGAUCCAAACUAUCAGACGCUGGCUGGUCUCAAUAACGAAUACAUUUUUCAAGAAAAGAAGCCUACGCAACAAACUGGAAUCAAUAUUCGUGCUCCCGAUAGGCCUUUUAUUGUACCAACCCAAGAUCCGAAUUAUCAAACUUUGGCUGGGCUCAACAAUGUAUUCGAAGACAAAAAGCCUGCUCCAGUUCAACAAAAACAGAACUUUUUCACUUAC